AACAGACGGCAAAAUUUAAUGCUGGACAAUCAGUAGAAUGUUUUGCCACAUUAUAACAGUGCUUGUGAUGUUGAUGUUACUCAGAUUGCAAAUGAGCCGUGCCUUCAACAUUUCACCCGUACCGAACGUGAUAUUUACUGAACCAGAACCGCAGCGAAAUCUUCCGAAAAAUAGAAGUUCUUACUUUGGUCUAUCGGUUGUGCUGAAACCGGAUUAUAUCUUCAUCGGAGCACCACGAGCACAGUUGGCUUUCGAAAAACAUGCGUCAAUCGUCGAAGGUGGGGCAAUCUACCGGUGCGACAUAUUGACAGGGCACUGUGACCAGUUUCCGGACUUGGAUGGCGGAGGGUUCGAAAGCGGAACUAUUAAGUCUGGUCAGUACUUUGGCGCUAGCAUGGAUGGGUUGACAGAAGGAGAAGAGUUGGUAGGAUGUGCUGCUCGGUUGAUCAAAGCUGAUGAUCAGCAGCACGCUAUGACCGGGGCUUGCUACACUAAGGUGAAUGGAACCGUUCGUAACCAGAAGCAGGCGUUCGAAUAUCAAAAUCAGGAGUUCGCCUUCAAUACUGCGCUCGAGGGUUUUUCGGUGCAUUUGUUGCGACAGGAUUCUGACACAAUAGAGGUUCUUACCGGGCUGCCCAACUGUAACUUCACAGGAUCGGUGAUGUUUUACGGUGGUGAUUUACAGUUUGGUGUUUACUUGAAUACAGAAAACAUUUCUAAAAAUGGUUACUUUGGAUACAGUGUAAACUCUAUGAGAAUACAUGACAAGACAAUUUAUCUCGUCAGUGCUCCGCGAGUUAACGAUCAAUCAGGAAAAGUGUAUCUUUUCGAAAAAGUUGAAACGUCACGGUGGAUAGCUGAAAUGAAACUUCACAGAGUGAUUGUUGGUGACAGUACGCAGAUAGACUAUUUCGGGUAUGCGAUCUGUACCGAAGAUGUCAAUGGUGAUGGAUUGACGGAUAUCCUUAUUGGAGCUCCAUUUCAUUCUAAAGAUUCGGUGUCGGAUAAUGGUGCAGUUUUUGUUUAUUUAAAUAUGGGCAUCAGUGCUGUUGGGCACUUAGAUUUAGAGGCACAAGCUAUUCUGUCGUCGGACUAUGUUGGAAGUGGUCAGUUUGGAUAUUCCAUUGCAACAAUAGGAGACAUCAAUGCAGAUGGAUAUAACGACAUUGCAAUCGGAGCACCAUUCGAUGAAAACGGGGCCGUCUACAUUUUCCAUGGGAGCGCCGCAGGACUUCGACCCAAGCCUGGGCAGACUCUACGACCGUUUCGCCGUCAACGUUUCAUGGCAAUGUUUGGUGCAUCCAUUAGUAAAGGAAUCGAUUUGGAUUACAAUUUGUACAACGACAUUGCCAUUGGGGCUCCGGCUGAAGACACGGUAUAUCUAUUCAAAACAUAUCCAAUUGUUCAAUCAGUUGUAAAGGUAGUCUCAUCGAAAAGCUUCAUCGCAAUCAGUGAUAUCACCGCCACGGCCGAUUCCGUAGAAGACGACGUCGUCCUCGAAAUUUGUUAUAACUUCGAACCACUUGUCCCACCGUCCUCGUCUUGCCCCUGCAGCGUCGGUCUUGCCCUGCUGCCUCCGUUCGAUUUCAAAAUCAAUAUAUCGCUUGAUAUGUUACAUAACCGAGCAACGUUCGAUGAUGGUGCAUCAUUUCUCACCACGGAAAUUAAAAUUGCGACAAUUGAGCAAUGUUUCAACCUAAACGUAUCGGUUCAUGCGUCAUUCUAUCAGAUAUCAUCUCCUAUUACGGUUCAAUUAAGUUAUGAAAUUUUUAAUCAGGACACUACAUCUAAAAAAUUUUGUGAGAACUGUAUAAUGGAAAAUAAAGAACUGGUGAAUGAAAUCGAGAAAAGAAUACCUUUCAAACCCGACUGUGACUAUGAUGUCUGUGCCACGAAUCUCAUCUUACGCGAAUCAUACCGCAACUUUAACUCGUCUUUUGUGCUGAACAGCAGUAAGAGCUUGGAAAUACAAUACGAAAUGCAGAACUUCGGUGAAGCCGCCUAUGGAACAACGUUACAAAUUGAUUUUUCGCAAAAUGUUACAUUUUUGAAAAAGAUGGACUUUUGUGAUGAUACUGCGAACGGCUUAAUAUGUUUGAUUAACCGUGGCCGAGCGCUGAAGAAUGGAAUGAAGUUUUUCGUCAAUCUGACACUAGAUUCAACCAAGUUGGAAGGAGAAUUUUUACAGUUGGAUGUACGACUGCUUAGUGAUGGAAACGAGUCGGUUAGCGAUGGCAACACAAUAUUCGACACGAUUGAGCUAAUUAGAAUCAGUCACAUCAAAGCCGUAGUAUCACAUUACCCACCGUUUAUUAACCUGGAUGAAACAAACGUUACAGUUAAAACCAAAAUCAUUAUUUUAAAUGCUGGACCCACUGACUUGAGCAAUUUAUUAGUAUCUCUGCUCAUCCCGGCAGCAAAACUAAUUAGCCGAAAACCGUUUAUUGAUUGGUACGAUUUUGAAAUUACGAUUUCAGAGGAUAUGCUCAAUGAAUUCGACUACUCUUUGUUACAUCUCCAAAAAUCUAAUCAUUCACAAACGUUUAUUGAAACCGUGAAUAAUCCUACUCAGCAUGAGUUUUUGCGAGGAAAGGAAGGAAAAGAUGUCACCUGCAGUGAUCCUGCCGUUAUGUGUGCCAAUAUAACAUUUAUGGUCGAUGAAUUGCAAGCGAACGGUGCUAUGAUCCAGUUGGACUUGGAUUUGCUGGUUUUUCCCAACCUCAUAACCGAGCUCAUGUCCGAUGACGAAGAGAAAUUGUCCCUUUAUUUCUCAUUCAUUUUUCAUAGCGAUCUUCCUAGGGAGAUACUCACAACUACUGCAGGCAGCUUAGUAUUGUAUAGAACCAUUGUUGUACCGGUCUGGUUAUACGUAGUUUCGACUGUCGCUGGGUUGAUAAUUUUAGCAGCCAUAACGUAUGGUCUCUAUCGGCGACAAUUUUUUCAACGAAUGACGACAUCAGAUAUAGAGAGAAAGUUGAAUGAAACGGUUCCACUAAGAAGCCUGUCGGAGAAUUGAUGGACCAACCAAUAUUACAUAAUGCUAUCAAAAAAUCAAAGAAAUGUUUAUUCGAGUUUCGCAGAUUUGUCGAAAUAAUUGAUUUCCAAAUUAAACUGUCGUAAAUAUGGGUCUUUUGACGGUCGUAAAAAUUAUCAAAGUACAAUUAAAUUUUACCAAAAUUAGUUUUUCUGUUACAUCGUUUCAUGUUAUCCAAAAAUCAUACACAUUUUUGAAAGUUUUCUAAUAUUAACUCAAAGUACAGAAAUAGGUUGUCGGAGAACUUCCACAAAGCGAUCAAAGCGGAAAAGUAAUUGCCGGUUUAUGUCAAAAUCAUCAGUUCAAAAUUAAUACAAAAGUUUAUAAUAGCAAAAUCAAAGCGGACGAAAGUAGAUAGUAUACAUUGGCUGUGAAAAAGUUUUUUUGGACCCAGUAAAAUCGGUUAGUGCUACGCUUUGAAGAAAAGAAUCGAAAUAUUAAAUGAGAUUCAUUCAGCAAAUAAUCAAGAUUAUUCCAUAUAAUAACUUACCAUUGUUUGUCUCAAUUUUAUAAGGAAUCUUGAUGAUAUGUGAUACUAACUAAAAAUGCAUAAGUACUACACACUUGCAUUUACAACACAAUGGUUCUUUAUUACACUAUAAACUAUAUAAAUAAUGUACAUAAUUAUCGAAUGAAAGCAUUAUAUUAUCUAUUUAU